AUGGGAUCUACAUACCACGAAGCUGCUCUCGGAAAGCUCAAUGACCACUCUUUGUUCAUCACUGAUGCCUUUAUCGAUGGAAAAUGGGUCAACAAGGAUCAGAAAUUUAACGUUUACGAGCCCUCGACAGGCACAGUCUUAGGCCAUGUCAGCGACUGCGAUCUUCAGGAUUUCCAGCACGCUAUCCAAAGCGCCCACAAUGCUCAAGACCCCUUUUUCUCGACGACUACAGGUGCUGCUCGCGGGGCUCUACUUCGCAAAUGGUGUGACCUGAUUCUAUCCAACAAGGAAGACCUCGCCACAAUCCUGUGUCUCGAAAACGGCAAGACCUACGCCGAAUCCGCAGGCGAAGUGUCAUACGCCGCAAGUUUCAUCUCCUGGUUCGCCGAAGAAGCCACCCGUGCCUACGGAAUGACAAUCCCCUCCUCAACCCCUCGAACAACCCUAAUGACCCUCCGCGAACCCGUCGGCGUAUGCGGAAUCAUCACACCAUGGAACUUCCCGGCUGCCAUGAUAACACGCAAAGUCGGGCCCGCUCUCGCAGCAGGUUGCUCAGUGGUCAUCAAACCCCCAAGUGAAACACCAUAUACCUGCCUCGCCUUGACAAAGCUAGCAGUGCAAGCUGGGAUUCCUCCGGCGCUUAUCCAGGUUUGUCCUACGAAGAACCGACAGGCCGCUACGGAACUUGCGACGAAUCCGCUCGUUCGCAAGAUUAGUUUCACGGGGUCGACGGGGGUAGGUAAGAUGCUGGCGAAACUUGCAUCGGGCACGUUGAAGCGUGUCAGUUUGGAACUUGGUGGGAAUGCGCCGUUUAUUGUGUUUGAUGAUGCUGAUCUGGAUCUUGCGAUUGAGGGGGCUAUGUUCUGCAAGUUCCGGUGCUCGGGGCAGACCUGUGUUUGUGCCAACCGAUUAUACGUCCAAAAGGGCAUUGCAAAGAAGUUCACCGUAAAACUUGUGGAAAGAGUUGCAGCCCUCAAACCUGGCCCUGGACUGGACCCAUUGACUACCCAAGGGCCACUUGUCAAUAAGGCAGCUGUGGACAAGGUAGCAGAACACAUAUCAGAUGCCCUAUCGAAAGGAGCAAAGGUUGAAGUUGGCGGGAAUGUCGUUCCAUCUUCUGGAUUCGUUUUCCAGCCUACAGUCGUUUCUGGUGUCCGCCCAAAUAUGGUGGUGAGCAGGGAAGAGACAUUCGGACCUCUUGCUCCCAUAAUUGAAUUUGACAGUGAGGAUGAGGCAGUCCAGCUAGCUAACAACACCGAGUUUGGUCUUGCUGGAUAUUUCUUUUCGAAGGACGUGGGCAGGGUCAUGCGCGUUGCUCAGAAGCUGCAGGUUGGUAUGGUCGGAGUCAACACUGGCAAGAUCAGUGCUGCUGAAGCGCCUUUUGGGGGAGUCAAGGAAAGUGGUUAUGGUGUAGAAGGGAGCGCUCUGGGGCUGGCGGAGUAUCAGAACAUCAAGAGUAUAACGUUGGGGAACUGGUGA